UCUUGGCUCUGCUUCAGAUCCUCUGCCCACGUCUUCCUCCCUUCGGGGGUCCUUGAUGGUCUUUACAGAUGAACUACCCUAACCCGUUUUGUCCAUAUAUGGUCUCGUUUACACGCGCAUUGUUGUAAGGACAACUCAAGGCUAUUUUCUCUUGCCAACUCUCCUUUAUUUUCUUCUAAAAGGAACGUUAGUGCUUGAUUAAAUGGCCAAGCUUUCCUUUCUCUCACCUUAGGUUAAAUAUGAAAACAUCAAGCAAUGUUUGAUCAAAAAAAAAAAAAAAAAAGAAAACAGGAAUCUGGAUUCACGCUAACUAAACAUAGACAAUACCUCUUCUUUCAAGGGGGUAGUUCUCUUACAGCACAAGAAAAACUUGGUUCAACCCCAGCAUGUUGUGUGGUGCCGUCACCCCCAUUGUGCUGUUGUGGGACACAGGCCGGGCACUGGAGCACAGGCAGAUCUACCUGUUUUUCUUCUUGCUAUACUCGCAAAGGCAUUUCCCCCGCAGUUGGCGGGAGCCGAGGAGAUGAUUCUGGGCAGGUUCACUGCGGGUGCUUCCUGCCUCCCGGGCAGUUGGAGUACAGUCAGUGCGAAGUGAUCAAGUGAGCUACGGCGUGAAAGCGGAUUAAGCCGAGAAGAUUUUCGAGUAACGGGGGUGUCUUCCCCACCUCUCCUGUACCGUGUGAGAACAGGAAUGUCUCUUACGGAGAAAUCCCCGAGCCCACGGUCGUGGGGUACUUAAAUUGAGCGUAUUCCGUAUGGACUGAAGCACCGAGCUCCUUCUGUUAAUGGCUCCGAUAUCUCUGUUUUGCCGUGGGGCGGAUCUGAAUAACACUUUGUAUUUCCGAAAGUGUUUUGGUAUGCAUUGAAGCUAGACAGGUCGUGAUAGAGAGUGUGUUUUUGGACUAGGGGCAAGACUGACAAUAUUCUGCACAUCACAGUACGAAAAAAUAUUUUACUUCACAUAUAUGGGCAUUAGCAAGUCGUUUUCCCGUGAGAUAGAAAUACCACGCAAAGGGGAGGCGUGUUACUUCUUUGUGGUUGCGAUCGCCUCGAGGAUCAAAGAAGAGAUCGGCUCGAGAGAAGGCAAGGCAGGAGAUCACCGAUGCCUCCGUGUCCAUGAGGGUCUCGCCCCCGCGAGUCGCCCGUGGGAAAGGCGGGGCGGGCGGCGCUGGGCAGCGGUGGGUGCCUGCAGUGCCGGGAGGAGGCUGCGGGCGCCGCUGUUGACCGAGGAGGAGCGAGAGGAAGGCCGGGGCGCUGCAGGCAGCCCCGCCCGCCGCGGCCCGGCUCGCUGGCUGGCUGGCUCGGCGGCCGGGCGGUCUGCGAGCGUCCCCGCGGCGCGGAGCCGUGCUGCAGCGGGGCGGCGGGGCCGGGAGCGGCGAACCGAAGCCGGAGCCGGAGCCGGAGCUGGAGCGGGAUCGGCGGGCGGUGCGGCGGCAGUGCGGCGGCGGCGGCGAUGUGCGCGGCGGGGAGGCGGCGGGGCCGGUGGGAGCGAGCCCUGCUGUGGUGCGUGCUGGCGGCGGCGUGGGAGGCGGCGUGGGGGCAGCUGCGCUACUCGGUUCCCGAGGAGGUGCCGAAGGGCUCGUUCGUGGGCGACGUGGGCAAGGACCUGGGGCUGGAGCUGCCGGCGCUCCGACACCGCGGCGUCCGCAUCCUGGACAGAGGUAGGACGCAGUAUUUCGCUCUGCACGGGAAGACGGGACAUUUAGUGGCGGCGGAGAGGAUAGACAGAGAGCAGCUGUGCCGGCUGGUGGAGAAAUGCAUUCUGCGCUGUGAGGUGAUAGUGGAGGGGGAAAUGCAGGUGUAUGAAAUCGAAGUGGAGAUCACGGACAUAAACGACAACGCGCCCAGCUUCCGAGAGGCAGAAACGGAGCUGCGACUGAGCGAGACGACAGCCCCGGGGUCGCGGUUUCCUGUUGCCGAGGCUCACGACCCCGACGCGGGACCGAAUGGCGUGCAGAGGUACGAGCUGAGCGGCGACGAGCACUUCUCGCUGGCCGUGCAGGCGGGCCCCGGCGGGGAUGAGCGUCCCGAGCUGGUGCUGGCGAAGGCGCUGGACCGGGAGGCGGCGGCGUUUCACGAGCUGGUGCUGAGGGCGAGCGACGGCGGAGAGCCGGCGCGGACGGGCACGGCGCGGAUCCGCGUGGCGGUGCUGGACGCGAACGACAACGCGCCCGCCUUCAGCCAGGCGGAGUACACGGUGCGCGUGCCGGAAGACGUGCCCGUGGGCUCCGCCCUCGUCACCCUCACGGCCACCGAUGCCGACGAGGGGACGAACGGGCACGUGAAAUACAGUUUUCAUAAAGCUUCAGACCAAGCACCCGAAAUUUUUCACCUGGACUCUGAGACAGGAGAAAUAUCCGUUAAGGACAGUCUGGACUUUGAGGAAGGUGGUUCGUACGAAAUGGAGGUGCAGGCACGAGACGGCGGGGGCCUUUCCGACACGGCGAAAGUCGUGAUCACGGUGACAGACGUGAAUGACAACGCGCCCGAACUGACAGUGUCGUCAGCGCUGCGCGAGAUCUCUGAGGACGCGCCGUCGGGGACGGUGGUGGCCCUGGUGCACGUGCAGGACCGGGACUCGGGGCCGAACGGGGAGGUGCGGUGCUCGGUAGACGGGGGCGUGCCCUUCCAGCUGAGGAGCUCACGCGGCAGCUACUACAGCGUGGUGACGGCGAGAGAGCUGGACCGCGAGGAGGUGUCGGAGUACAACGUGACGGUGCGGGCGGCGGACGGCGGGUCGCCGGCGCUGUGGAGCAGCGCGGUGCUGGCGCUGCGGGUGCUGGACGUGAACGACAACGCGCCGGUGUUCGCGGAGGCGCGCUACAGCGCCCGGCUGCCCGAGAACAACGCGGCGGGCGCGCUGGUGCUGACGGUGCGGGCGACGGACGCGGACUGGGGGCAGAACGCGCGCGUGCGGUACCGGCUGUCGGAGGGGCGGGUGCGGGGCGCGCCGCUGUCGUCGUACGUGUCGGUGCAGGCGGAGACGGGCGCGCUGUACGCGCUGCGCCCGUUCGACUACGAGGAGGUGCGCGAGGUGGGGCUGUGGGUGCGGGCGGAGGACGGCGGCGCGCCGCCGCUGAGCAGCAACGUGUCGGUGCGGCUCGUGAUCGUGGACGAGAACGACAACGCGCCGCAGGUGCUGUACCCGCCGGCGGCGGCGGCGCCGGGCGCGGGCUGGGCGGGCGUGGAGCUGGCGCCGCGCUCGGCCGAGCCCGGGGCGCUGGUGGCCAAGGUGGUGGCGGUGGACGCGGACGCGGGGCAGAACGCGUGGCUGUCGUACGAGCUGGCCAAGGCGACGGAGCCGGGGCUGUUCCGCGUGGGGCUGCACAGCGGCGAGGUGCGGACGGCGCGCUUCCCGCUGGCCCGCGACGCGGCGCGGCAGAGCCUGGUGGUGGUGGUGAAGGACCACGGGCGGCCGGCGCUGUCGGCCACGGCCACGCUGACGGUGGUGCUGGCCGAGAGCGUGGCCGAGCUGCUGUCGGAGCUGGGCAGCGCGGCGGCGGCGGCGGCGGAGGCGGCGGGGGAGCCGGCCGGCAGCCUGACGCGGUGGCUGGUGGUGGCCGUGGCGGCCGUGUCCUGCCUCUUCCUCGCCUUCCUGCUGCUGCUGCUGGCGCUGCGCCUGCGGCGCUGGCGCCGCUCGCAGCUGCUGGCGGCGGGCAGCGGCGCCUUGCGCGGCGUGCCGGCCUCGCACUUCGUGGGCAUCGACGGCGUCCGCGCCUUCCUGCACUCCUACUCGCACGAGGUGUCGCUCACCGCCGACUCGCGCAAGAGCCAGCUCCGCUUGUCGGGCGGCAGCUGCUGCGACACCCUCCCGGCCCGGCCGCCGCCCGACGAGCCCGCGCCGCUGCUCGGGGAGGACGCUGCCGGCGCCCGCCUCGCGGACCCCGCCCCUGCCCCGGUGAGUUCCUAUAGCGAGACUUUCCUGCCUUUCCUUUCUUGGUAGGCUGCAUUUUUCCUCUUUCUGUUACCUUUUCUCUAUGCGCGCAGGGCAGGCGAGGCGUAGCUAAGAUGCUCUUUCAGGUUGUGAGGGUGGAAGAACGCCGGGCAGGUUGUGAAGUGUUGGAGAAGAGAACUGUGGAAGCUCUGCGUGCA